GGGAGCAAGACAACAAAAAUAAAUUUGUGGACAACAAGCCAGCGAAUGAUGGCGGCGUCGCUGUUACGCCGGGACAAGAAAGCUACUGCCGCCCACCUGAAGGCAGACUUAAAGCGAACUGACAACAGUUCUGCGGUCCGACAAAUUCACGAGCUGCUGGAUGACGUGCUAAAUCCCGAAAAACCAGCGACGGACACAGAAGCGCUUGACUGGUGUAAAUGUCUAAUUGCAGGAGGCGAAGCGUUCGAGGAGUUCUGCAAAACGGUCCGUUCUUAUGACAACGCGACCUUGUGCGGCUUGGUAUGGACGGCGAAUUUUGUGGCAUAUCGAUGUCGGACCUGUGGAAUCUCCCCUUGCAUGUCACUGUGCGCCGAGUGCUUUAAUAACGGAGACCAUACGAGCCAUGACUUCAACAUGUUCCGGAGCCAGGCUGGCGGGGCCUGUGACUGUGGAGACAGUAAUGUCAUGCGAGAGAGUGGGUUUUGCAGACGGCAUCGGUCGAGGACGGGAGAGAAUAUUCCGACUAUUCCCAGAGAUCUUCUCAUGAUGUCAGAGUUGGUUCUGCCUCGCUUUAUCCUCUCUGUCAUACAGUAUUUGAGGGAUGGAUACACCGAAACUGCAGACACCUCUUCUGAGAGAGAUCUACAAAAGGUUCUUCAGCAGCUGGAGCCUCAAAUCUCCUUCCUGGAAGAGCUCACAAAAAUGGGCGGAGCAAUGCGGACUGUCCUAACAAAGAUUUUGACCAAUCAGCAAACAUUCAAGGAGUUGAGCAUGGGCCAGGAGGAUAAUUUGUUUGCGAAAAAGAACUAUGACAAGUAUUUGGCUGCAUUGAAGAAUUCUGGCCUGGUGUCUGUGGAGGACAAGGCGCAAAGUACUAGCGACGUCACUGUGGGUGCCGAAGGAGGCGCUGAAGCUCUACUGGGAUCAGCAGCACCAGGGAGCCCAGAUGAGUCGAGCAAAGAGGAGGACCAAGAUGCGGGACAGUCUGUCGGCCAGAGAAAGAGGGUUAAGCUGAGUAGCAGUACAAAAGAUUUGUCUAUUAUUGAAUGUUUGAAGCAUAAAUGUUUUUUGGAAGAGCUCCUGUUUUGGACAAUCAAGUACGAGUUUCCUCAGAAAAAGGUGACCUUCUUACUAAACAUGUUACCAGAUCAAGAUUACAAGAUCACUUUUACAAAAACAUUUGUCCAGCAUUAUGCAUUUAUUAUGAAAACUCUGAUGAAAAGUCACGAGUCGGACACAAUGUCCAACCGUAUUGUACAUAUCAGCGUGCAGUUGUUCAGCAACGAGGAACUGGCUCGCCAUGUGACUGAGGAGUGUCAGCUGCUGGACAUCAUGGUCACUGUCCUCCUUUACAUGAUGGAGAGUUGCCUUAUUAAAAGUGAACUUCAGGAUGAAGAAAACAGUCGCCAUGUUGUGGUGAACUGCAGUGAGGCUCUGUUGAAGAAUAACACCUACUGGCCCUUAGUUAGUGAUUUUAUCAACAUCUUGUCACACCAAAGUGUCGCAAAAAAGUUCCUGGAAGACCAUUCUUUGUUGAUGCUGUGGAUGAGUUUUGUGUCAUUUUUCCAAGGAAUGAACCUGAAUAAGCGGGAGUUGAAUGAGCAUGUAGAGUUUGAGUCUCAGACAUACUAUGCAGCAUUUGCAGCUGAGCUGGAGGCCUGUGCACAACCAAUGUGGGGUCUUUUAACUCACUGCAAAGUCAAAGAGACGCAGGAGUACACUAAAACUGUAGUUCGCUACUGUUUGGAAACUCUACAAAUUUGGUUUGAUGCAAUCAGCUUUAAUGAUGAGCCUUUGCCAAAUCAAGUGACAUUUCACUUACCACUGCACCGCUACUAUGCUAUGUUUCUCAGUAAGGCUGUAAAGUGCCAAGGCCUGGAUUUAGACAGUCUAUUGCCUGACCAAGAGAUGCUGAUGAAGAUCAUGGUCCAUCCCCUGCAAAUUCAGGCAUGUCUGUCCGAGAUCCACAGCAACAUGUGGGUCAGAAAUGGGCUGCAGAUAAAAGGACAAGCUAUGACCUACGUGCAGUCACACUUCUGCAACUCCAUGAUCGACCCUGACAUCUAUCUACUCCAGGUUUGCGCAUCAAGACUUGAUCCUGACUACUUCAUCUCUAGUGUUUUUGAGAGGUUCAAAGUGGUUGAUCUUUUGACCAUGGCUUCUCAACAUCAGAAUGCUGUGUUGGACUCUGAACAAGAAAGACCAAUGCUAGAAGGUGCUCUGACCUUCUUAGUCAUACUGACAAGCCUUCGCAUUCAUUUAGGGAUGACUGAUGAUGAGAUCCUUCGGGCUGAGAUGGUCUCACAGUUGUGUAUGAAUGAUCGCACGCACAGCUCACUGUUAGACCUUAUUCCCGAGAAUCCAAACCCAAAGAGUGGAAUUGUACCAGGGAGCUGCAGUUUUGAGGAAAUGCUGUCUGCCGUAGCUGAUUUUAAAGCGCCAGUGUUUGAGCCAGGAGGUUCCAUGCAGCAGGGAAUGUACACGCCGAAAGCUGAGGUAUGGGAGAAUGAGUUUGACCCCAUCAUGGUUGUUCUCAGAACUGUGUAUCGACGUGAUGUACAGUCUGCAAUGGACCGAUAUUCAGCAUUUUUGAAGCAGUCUGGCUUUCACACUGGUAACCCAUGGCCACCGUACAAGGAGAGGACUCCCCUGCACCCCUGCUAUAAAGGCCUAAUCAAACUAUUGCACUGCAAGACCCUGCACAUUGUGAUAUUUACUCUUCUGUACAAGAUAUGGAUGGAUCAUCAAAACAUGUCUGAACAUGUGUUGUGCAUGGUGCUAUAUUUAAUUGAGCUGGGCUUGGACAACCAGGUUCAAGACAGUAAAGAAGAUGAGGAGCCUUGCAUUGAGGAACACUGUCAUGACAGUUGGUUCCCUGGCACCAAUCUCAUCUCCAAUCUGCACCAUGUCAUUAACUUUGUGAGAGUGAGAGUUCCUGAGACUGCUCCUGAAGUAAAACGCGAGGCUCCGCCUAGCACUAGCUCAGAAGCUUCAAGUUAUGGCCAGAACCUGCGGGAAGCCCAGGUAUUCAGCCUUGUCGCGGAGCGCAGAAGGAAGUUCCAGGAGAUAAUUAACCGCAGCAGUUCAGAGGCUAAUCUGGUCGUCCGGCCCAAGAGUUCUUCGACACGAUGGGUGCCACCAGGUACGCCUCCGCAGCUGGUGACGGAGAUCUUGGAGAUAAGAGAGAGCAUGUUGUCCCUCCUCAUCAAGCUGCACCAGAAGCUCUCGUCCAAGCAGAACUCACUGUCGGAAUCCUGGCUAGAUAAUAUGGACACGAGCCGUCACGCUCAUGGAGAUGGUAUUACAGCCAUCGAGCGUAUACUCACUAAGGCAGCCACGCGGAGUUAUCAAAUCAAGCGUAGCAUUCAGGACAUUUGUGGAAAGGUUUAUCCUCCUGUGCCACCAAAGAAGAACAGUCCAACAGACAAGAAAGCCAUGGAUAAAGAAGAACGGCGUCAGAGAGCUCGAGAGAGGCAACAGAAGUUGCUUGCUGAGUUUGCCUCCAGACAGAAGAGUUUCAUGGAAACCGCGAUGGAUGUUGAAUCUCCAGAAACCGAGGCAGCCAUGGACCUGGGAGCAUCUGAGAUGAUGGAUUCAGAGGUUCUUUAUGACUGUGUGAUCUGUGGACAAAGUGGACCCUCCACAGAGGACAGACCUACUGGACUAGUUGUUCUCCUCCAGGCCUCCUCAGUGCUUGGACAUCGCUGCAAAAGCAUGGAAGCAAAGAAUCUCCCAACCAGUGACGAAGAACACAUUUACUCUGCUGACACUUGUGCAGUGGCUAACGACGUCCGACUCACCCUCUUACAGCGGUUCUUCAAGGAUAGCUCCUGUCUUCAGUCUGUGUCAAUAGGUUGGGACGGGGGCGUCUACGUGCAGACUUGCGGACACACUUUGCAUAUAGAUUGCCACAAGUCAUACAUGGAGUCUCUGAGGAAUGACCAGGUCCUGCAGGGAUUCUCUGUUGACAAGGGUGAAUUUACUUGCCCACUAUGUCGACAGUUUGCCAACAGUGUCCUUCCCUGUCGACCUGGACGCGGCUCAGAGGCCGGUGCGUGGUACACUCCCUCAAACAAAAAGACCAGUGUGCUAAUAAAGGAAGUGGAUGCUCUGCAGGACAACCUAGGCCUUUUCCCAACUGAAUCCAACUUGAGCAAAGAGAUGGAGUUGGUCAUCAAAGACAUUAAGAACACCACCCAGAAAAAGUACAUGGACUAUGGAAAGAAUCCUUGCUCCCCUGACAAUGAUUUCCUCUUCUUGUACUCCUUGGCAAGGACCAACCUGGAAUUAGAACUUGUACACCGGGGAGGCAACCUAUGUUGUGGUGGAGCCAGUGCAGCUGCAAAGCGCUCAUGUCUCAAUCAGCUAUUUCAUGUGUUGGCCAUGCACAUGCGUCUUUACAGCAUUGAUUCUGCCUACAAUCCCUGGACAAAGCUGACUCAACUUACACAAAGCAGAGAGCCAGAUGGUUUUGAUGAAGAGAGACCCGAAGUACCCAUGCUGUUUAGAGACGUUCCUUCUCUGUUGAUUAUCUUUGUGCUGACCAUGCCGCAUCCUCUUCGAAAAGAGCACUUUACUUGUGUGGUGAAGAUGCUGUACAACUUGCAGUUCACCCAGGCUCUGGCUGCACUCUCAACUAAGCUAAGGCCAGAAGAAAGGCAAGCCUGGACCUCAUCUGGAGCAAUCAAAAAGGCCCAUGCAAAUGCAGAGACGUCUUUUGAAGCACUCCUCGGUCACGUUAUCAGUGAGUUGUCGAAGAGCAACAGUGUCUAUGCAGUGAAUAUGGAAGAUAUAUUGCUAAGCUCUAGUGUGUGGUCCCCACAAUCUGUUGAGUUCAGCCUCCAGCAGUACUGCCUGCCCUUCCUUCGACUCUCUUGCCUUCUGCAACACCAUCUCUAUGGGGACAACCUCACCAGCUGCUUGGAGCAGGAAGAGUUCUCGUCCCUGGCCAUGUGUUUGGGGCUCGUACCUCCACCCUCCUUGGCUUCAAAUCCAGUCAACAGUGCCUCGUGUCUUGAGUGGGCGGUCAGCGCCUUUGACUUGAUCACACAGUGGUGUGCCGAGGUCAUAGGGCUCUCUCAGGUGCAGGCAGAGCAAUCGCUGACCCUGCUAGUCCAGGAUCCUCAGUGGGCACCGCCCCGCCUCCUCCAGCUGCCUGACAACUACAAUAUCAUCUUCCAGUACUACCACAGGAAGGCCUGCACUGUGUGUAAAAAGGUGCCAAAGGACCCUGCGCUUUGCCUUGUCUGUGGCGCCUUUGUCUGUCUCAAGGGGGUUUGCUGCAAGCAGCAGGGUAUCUGUGAAUGUGUUUUGCACUCCCAACACUGUGGUGCUGCUACUGGCAUCUUUCUACUGAUUAACGCCUCAGUCAUCAUCAUCAUUCGCGGACAUCGCUUCUGUCUCUGGGGUUCUGUUUACCUUGAUGCCCACGGGGAAGAGGACCGUGAUUUACGCCGUGGAAAACCUCUCUUCUUGUGUGAAGAGAGAUAUCGAGUGUUGGAGCAACAGUGGGUUUCACACACCUUUGACCACAUCAAUAAGCGCUGGGGGCCCCACUAUAACGGACUCUAAGAAAAAAAAAAUCCACUCUAAAACUGCAGCCCGUCACAGAAAAGAAAAAAUACUCUUUGCAAUUUGUGUAGUUUUUGCCAGUGUGUCUGCCACGAUUGACAAAAACUGCCAAUCAAGGUAUCGGUGCCAUGACUUCAGUUUGCGGGAAGUUUGGUGUACAAUCACGAGCCCUAAGGUUUACCAUGUGUGUGAGUUUCGUUAUUUUAUCAUGUAGUUUUCAACAGGGGAAAAAAAAAACCAAUUUGGAUACAUGAAUUUAAAACAACCACCCCCAAAAAAAGCACAAUUUUCCCCCAGAGGUUGGUUUGCAGUGGGCUAAUAAUGGCUUUCGUAUUUAUUUGGGUAUAUAAGAAUAUACAAUAUAUAUGAAAUGUCUCACCCUAAUUAUCCCUGCAAUAAUGUACCAUUUAUGACAACGUUAAAGCCCUUUUAAUAUGGUUCUGGUGUAAGUUUGAAGCUCCUGACGGGUGCAGACGCAUAACUACUACGUGACAUCAACACACUAUAAUUUUUUGCAAAAGAGCAAAAAGACUUUUUCUGUGGGUCUAUUUGCAAUCCAUCCUCAGGAAUUUUGUUGUUGUGUUUUUUUUGCUGUUGAAAAUAAGUUUAAGAUAUUUAAAUAAAUGCUGCUGCUCAUUGUUAAGUAAUUUUAACUUUUUGUGAAGGUCUUGCAUCGAGGUUUCGCUUGAAUCACUGGGAACGUCGGCUCAGAUUCACUUCAAUGUCAAAGGACGUGUGCGGUCACUUUAUUAUACACUCACCGAAGUUAGCCACAUCCUGCUUGAGCUCUCUGCUUUUUUUUUUCUUCCUGAUUAUGCGUUAUGAAUAAGCUCACGUGCUCACAAAUCAACCCAUCAAAGACGAUGAGGGUCUGCACCCCAAAAACUAAUUGGCUGCAUCUUAAAGGAAUUGAGAUUCCUCUGGUUUUCGGUUCUUGCAAUUGAACUCAAUGGAAAUGAACUCGCUUGAAAGAAAUAUUACAAUCGAAAAAUGUUUCUCAAGGCCUACAACUGUGGACUGGUAACUACAGUUUAGUGACUGUGACGAUUAUCCCGGGCUCAUGUAUCAUCUGGCUGUGAAAUGUAGUUGCAUUCCAACGUUACAUUUAGACUUUUUGUUUUUGUCCCCUUUCUCCCCUCGAGUGUCCACUUUACACUGUGCAUGAUAUCCUUUGAGCCGCUCUUCUUUUUAAGUGUCUUAGCUUAUUCAUUGUUUUCAAUGAACUUUUCUGUUCUGGAGCAGAGUGACUUCAUCCAGUUGUGCCUGUGAGAUGAUUUGAUCAGAGUGGGGAUAAAGUAAGUGCCAGUAUUACUGGUGUCAGAUGCCGUUUUCAAGGGUUUGGUAUAAGUCGACACUUGAAUUAAAAGAUAAAGACUUGCAGAAAUCAUGCAUGCUGCUUUUAUGUUUACUAAGUUUCACUAUGUCAUCACGGUUGCAGUACCCACUUUGUAAAUGACCGCAAGCAAAUAGUCAAUGAGUGUAAAUUGUGAUUGAAAGCUCUUGUGUGUGUUCUCCUGUGUGAAUGAAGAGAGAAUACAGUACAUUACUGUCAGUGCAGAAUCAAACUUUCUGAUUUUGGCCAGAAAGUAUGACUUGGACAUUUAAUGCAACAUGUAAUAUAUGUGAAUAAAAUAUAAGCACACUGCUCUGAGUCCUUGUCUUUAGUUUGUGGUGUUUUUCCUUGAAAGGGACAGAAAAGACGAUACUUUUAUUAUAUGUAUGCCAAUUGAAAGAAUAUUGUUAAAUAAAUUGAAGAAAGACACAUUUUAUUAUUCUAAUAUGUAACAUUAGAGAAAAAUAAACCAGUAUUUCCGGGAAAUGGCCGCCAUUAAUUUUUGUGAAGCGAUCCUGACAUUCUUCUCCACAAAAAUCACUGAUAUUCACCAGUCCCUGACUCACCAUGGAGCUGCAGUUUCUGGGACUGACCCUGUUCCCUUUCAUGUUCCUCUCAUCAGCACCCUCUCCUCAUUUACCCUUCCUUCAACCCCGACUAUCUCUGACAUCAUCACCAAAUCCAAACCCACUACCUGUCAUCUUGAUCCUCUUCCCACUGCCCUCAUCAAAACCUGUCUUCCCUCAAUAGCCCCCCUCAUCACUACUAUCAUUCACUCCUCACUCUCAUCCGGUAUGGUUCCAUCUCUCAAAACUGCUUCCAUCACACCCAUUCUGAAGAAACCCAACCUGGAUCCCACCAAUUUCAGUGACCUCCGCCCCAUCUCCAACCUACCUUUCAUUUCCAAAAUUCUUGAAAAAAAUCGUUGCAUAAUGUAAUAAUGUUAAUAGUUUCCGGAAGUCUUUGGCACUCAAACAUAUUCAUUCACUGCCAGCCCAUUGAUUUGACUCAAUGG